AUGAUUUCCUGUCCAGUGGUGACACAGGAGGUCCAGUUGGAACCAAUGAGUGCAACAGUGCUGCAAGGUUCUGAUGUACGAUUCAAUGCCAACGUGCAGGGAGUGUGGCAGGUCAUGACCUGGCAGGUCCGAGGGUUGCUCGUCCUUACCGUCCGUGCAUCUGGGGAAAUAAUCCCAUCGUCGGAGCAGUUCGCUGCCAGAUUCUGCUCCAGUGGUGUCACGAGUUGUGUGGAGUUCUCUAUACAUAAUGUCACCCGCAGAGACACUGGGCCAGUUAUCUGCACCGUGCAAGGAGACUACACACCUAAGACGGCGCAGCUGAACGUUCAAGAGAGUGGGACAGUCAGCAUCAUGGGAAGUAACGUUACUGUGAAGCAGGAUCAGCAGGUUGAGUUUCAGUGUGUCACAGCAGCUUGGUUCCCCACACCGACUGUCACCUGGAGCCAAAAUGGCCAAGCUGUGGACAGUAGCCUGUACAACACCUCCAGCGUGGCCGAUGAGAAUUACUUCAACUCCAGCAGUGUCCUGAAGUUCCAGGCAGUCAGCAGCGCGACAGUGGAAUGCUUAGCCUCUGUGGCAGCACUAAAAGCCCCACAGUCCAGCUCUGUCUUCAUGGUGGUUGUUCCCAAACCGACUGACUGGACCGUGCUUAUAGCGGUGGUUUCAUCCUUUGGAGGACUUGCACUGCUGGUUUUGCUGAUCCUUGGCAUCCUAUUCUGCUGGAAACGCAGGAAAGAAAAACAACCAAACUACCAAGAUGAAAUGAGCAGGAGAGUGAGGACACAGAGACAGUCAAGAGCAGGUGGACAAAAACAAGGACAAGUCAACCCAUCAUAUGUGCCGGAAGGUCAAACAAGUGUAACUCCCAGUGAACUCACUGACAGCGGCUUUGUUUCCAGCACCCUGGAGAUGCCUGAUAUUGUGAACAGUAACCGGGCAGGAGAUGUGGAUGAAUCGGGCUUCAGGAGACACAGACACGUCACCAUUGUAUAACCACCGGCAGAGGACCGAGCAGUCUGCACAUGUCUGGAGGCCUGUGGGCAUGAAUUCACACAGCACCUUAAAGCUUGUCUGCUCUAGUGUCUCAAGUCUGCCCAGAUCAAAAACUGACCUGCUGUUGGCUAAAGGGAUGAUGGGAAAUAUCAUGAAAAUAAUUUU